GAACUCGCAAUUCUGGCUAUCCACUGGGACUUUGCUAUGCGCUUAGCCUCAGGACUUCAGCACGCCUAGCGUAUAAUACAGUCUAGUGUCCUGUCUGUAAAGAAACUGUAGCUCGCUGAAGAUUGCAAACAUUUUCGGUCAACUUUUUUUUAUAAAAAACUUUUAUUUUAUUUUUCCUCCCCAUCAUUGUCCUUCGUUGGAACCGAAGUCGAGGUGGAUGCAACUUUACAGACACAUUGUAAAAACAAGUUUGGCUGUUUUCGUUUGGUUGCCUAUUUUAGGAAAAUUGUCAUACGUUUGAAACUAAUGUUUUGGUUCCUGCUUUUUGAAUCUAUGGGAGAGUUUGGAACUCGAAAAACAUUUUGAAGACUAAACGCUACUUUUUUUUUUUUAGAACAUUGCCUUCAUGUUUCCCAUAUAUGUAUAGUUUUAAGGUGGCACAAGCACGUUUGUGAAUUAAGAAUCCGGUGAGCUAGUCAACCAAUUCGGUAACUUUUAGAGCUUUAGCUAGUAGCCAGUGAAGUGUAAGGAAAUCUGGGUCUCCAUGAAGAAAUCCCAACGUGUGAGUUAACUGUCCUAGUAACCUAAUACAGCUGAACGCUUUUCUCGUGUUUUUUUGUGCCCAUAACAUUUUUAUUUCAUUUAACCGACUCAAUGAACACGAUGUUAGUGUUCUCUACGGUUUACACAUUGGCCCUGCUUUUUGUUUCGACGAAGGCUGAGCCCAAUUCGAAAAGCUGCAUUGAAGUUAGGGCUGCAUACAGUUCCAAAGGCUUCAACAUCAAUGACGUUCCCAACAAAGGGGUACACGGAGCCCCCCUAAAGGUGUGUCCUCAGGGCUACUCAUGCUGUACCCUGGAGAUGGAGGAAAAGCUGAGCCAGCAGAGCCACUCAGACCUGAAGGCCCCCGUCUCCCAGCUCAACUCCAACCUACAGAGCACCUUCAAACAGAGGCACAGCCAAUUUGAUCAAUUCUUCCGUGAGUUGCUGGACAAUGCGGAGCACUCGCUCAACGACAUGUUCGUGCGCACGUAUGGCCUGAUGUAUGUGCAUAAUGCGGAGCUAUUCAAGCACUUUUUCCAGGAGCUGAAGCGCUACUAUGUGUCGGGCAGCGGGGCAGUCAACCUGGACUCCAUGCUGUCUAACUUCUGGGAAGACCUCCUGGAGAGGAUGUUCCGAUUGGUCAACGUCCAGUACGAGUUCAGUGACGCCUACAUGGAGUGUGUCAGCCGCCACACCGAGCAACUGAAACCGUUUGGUGACGUGCCGCGCAAGCUCCGCCUCCAGCUGACACGGGCCUUUGUCGCGGCACGCACCUUCACACGUGGCCUGGCGCUCAUGCCCGAGGUGGUCAACAAAGUCUCCACGGUCAGUGUAUCCCCUAGCUGUGUGCGGGCAGCCAUGAAGAUGUUGUACUGUCCCUACUGCAAAGGCCAGGUGGCCCUCAAGCCUUGCCAGAACUACUGUCUCAACGUGAUGCGUGGCUGUCUGGCCAACCAGGCUGACCUCGACACAGAGUGGAACAACUUCCUGGAUGCCAUGUUCAGUCUGGCUGAGAGACUGGAGGGGCCCUUCAACUUUGAGUCUGUGAUGGACCCCAUUGACGUUAAGAUCUCUGAGGCCAUCAUGAACAUGCAGGAGAAUAGCAUGCAGGUGUCACAGAAGGUGUUCCAGGGGUGUGGUCAGCCUAAACCAGGUAAUGGCUUCCGGUCGCAUCGCUCAGUCAAGGAGACGGGAUUCACCGGUCGCUUUCGACCCUACAGCCCUGACGCACGGCCCACUACUGCUGCUGGCACCAGCCUGGACAGACUGACGACAGACGUGAAGAAAAGGCUGAAGCAUGCUAAGAAGUUCUGGUCCACGCUGCCAGAAACCGUGUGUGCUGGGGAGAGGAUUACGUCGAGGGAUGACUGUUGGAACGGAACAGCAAAGAGCAGGUACGAGUCUGUUGUCAUGGGCAAUGGAUUGGCCAAUCAGGUGUCCAACCCGGAUGUGGAAGUGGACAUUACAAAGCCAGAUGUGGUGAUUCGCAGUCAGAUCGCAGUGUUGAAGGAAAUGACCAGCUGGCUGAAGGCCGCCCACAGCGGCAAUGAUAUCUCCAUCGACCAAGGUGAGAAUGAUGAGGAUGGUAGCGGAGGACAGGAGAGUGGUAGCGGCUGUGACUCUCCAUCCUGUGAGGCAGACCGGGACAUCUACUUCUCCAUCCCACCCACCCCCAUCAACCCCCGCGUGGUCAAGGUGGUGCACCAGGAAAUGACCGGUGGAGACCGUAUGGCACACGGGAGCAUAGCACUCGCACUCUGUGGGCUCACCCUGGCCCUGCUCGCCCCCCAUUGGUGAUAAAGGGAGAGAGAGUGAGAAAGUAAGAUGGAGAGAAGGGAAAAACUGUCAGACUUUUAAGAAGACUGCCUUCAGGACCUGUCUGCCCGCCAUCAUGUGGGGGGGGGGACUAUUGAGUUAUUUUAAUUUUUCGUUUGUUUUUAUAAAAAUGGUCAAUACUGUACAGCGAUUUCCUUCCACUUUUCUUGUUUGUUUCUUUGCCUUUUGUCCUGAUUUAACUGAUUCGCCGCUUGCGGCACCUUCGAGCUAGAAUCCCUCCCGCCACAUUACCAACAGUGUUUUGAGUUCUUCCAUUUCAUUCAUGGGCUGGCCAGGGAUGAAUGUGGCUAUGCCAGAAAAGAGAACAUCUUGGUUACAUGUUGAAGCUCUAGACUGGCUCUCAAAGCUAAGAGUACAGUAGCUCUGUGGGAAAAUACUUAGAAGUUACAGGGCUGAUGUUUAGAUGGUUCGAUAGGAGAUUGAACUCGCUGGCGAGGGGUUCUAGGGGCUUCUGUGUGCCCAGGUGUGCAUCCAUAAUGUGGAAGGAGUAGCACUUCCCAAACGACCCUCAAAUACCAAACUGGUCCACUGAGAUCAUACCACAUCUGUGUUCUCUGAAUCAUCAUUAUACACUAGCAGUGUUGAAAUGGAACAUGUCUGAUGGAGUUGGAUGUAUGGGGAGGUCCUGAUGUAGGCUAGAAGAGAAAGUUGGUGACUUGAGAGAAGGGACCCCCCUCCCUGUCAUUCCUCUAUAGAAGGCAGAGUUUACAAAGAGCAGUCCUCUGUGUCCUGGGGCAGAGAGUCUAUUCAGUUCAGAGCAGACUCAGACUCUGCACAAUUUGUCUUACAUAUGAUAAAAUAGCAUGAUCUUGACAGGGAGUAGCUUGUAUGUCCAAAAUGUUUGAGAUGUAGCAGAAAAGAGAAACCAAGACACAGUUGAGUGACUUUGUGAAUUGAGUCAGAGAUGAGAGAAAUGUGGAGACUGAGUAUGAUGAAAUUGUAACACAGGGUUUUAUGUUGAGGAAUUUUUCGGUAUAUACUGUGUGUAUGUGUAUAUAUAAAUAUAUAUAUAUAAAAACAAUACUCAUCUCAUAAUUACAGUUGGAGUCGGAAGUUUACAUACACAUAGGUUGGAGUCAUUAAAACUAGUUUUCAACCACUCCACAAAUUUCUUGUUAAUGAACUAUAGUUUUGGCAAGUCGGUUAGGACAUCUACUUUGUGCAUGACACAAGUCAUUUUUCGAACAAUUGUUUACUGACAGAUUAUUUAACUUACAAUUCACUGUAUCACAAUUCCAGUGAGUCAGAGGUUUACCUACACUAAGUUGACUGGGCCUUUAAACAAUUUGGAAAAUUCCAGAUGAUGUCAUGGCUUAGAAGCUUCUGAGGGACUAAUUGACAUAAUUUGAGUCAAUUGGAGAUGUGCAUGUAUUUCAAGUCCAAGCUUCAAACUAAGUGUCUCUUUGCUUGACAUCAUGGGAAAAUCAAAAGAAAUCAGCUAAGACCUCAGAAGAAAAAGUGGAGACCUCCUCCACAAGUCUGGUUCAUCCUUGGGAGAAAUUUCUCAAUGCCUGAAUUCACCAAGUUCAGCUGUACAAACAAUAGUACGCAAGUAUAAACACCAUGGGACCACGCAGCCGUGAUACCACUCAGGAAGGAGACGCGUUCUGUCUCCAAGAGAUGAACGUACUUUGGUGCGAAAAGUGCAAAUCAAUCCCAGAACAACAGCAAAUUACCUUGUGAAGAUGCUGGCGGUAACGGGUACAAAAGUAUCUAUAUCCACAGUAAAACGAGUCCUAUAUCAACAUAACCUGAAAGGUCGCUCAACAAGGAAGAAGCCACUGCUCCAAAACCGCCAUAAAAAAGGUAGACUACGGUUUGCAACUGCACAUGGGGACAAAGAUCACAUUUUUGGGAGAAAUGUCCUCUGGUCUGAUGAAACAAAAAUAGAACUGUUUGCCAUAAUCACCAUCGUUAUGUUUUAGAGGAAAAGGGGGAGGCUUGCAAGCCGAAGAACACCAUCCCAACAGUGAAGCUCGGGCGUGACAGCGUCAUGUUGUGGGGGUGUUUUGCAGGAGGGACUGGUGCACUUCACAAAAAUAUAUGGCAUCACGAGGAAGGAUAAUUACGUGGAUAUAUUGAAUCAACAUCUCAAGACAUCAGUCAGGAAGUUAAAGCUUGGUCGCAAAUGGGUCUUCAAAAUGGACAAUGACCCCAAGCACACUUCCAAAGUUGUGGAAAAAUGGCCUAAGGACAACAAAGUCCAGGUAUUGGAGUGGCCAUCACAAAGCCUUGACCUAAAUCCUAUAGAACAUUUGUGGGCAGUCCUGAAAAGCGUGUGCGAGCAAGGAGGCCUACAAACCUGACUCAGUUACACCAGCUCUGUCAGGAGGAUUGGGCCAAAAUUCACCCAACUUAUUGUGGGAAGCUUAUGGAAGGCUACCAGAAACAUUUGACACAAGUUAAACAAUUUAAAAGCAAUGCAAGCCAAUACUAAUUGACUGUAUGUAAACUUCUGACCCACUGGGAAUGUGAUGAAAGAAAUAAAAGCUGAAAUAAAUAAUUCUCGCUACUAUUAUUCUGGCAUUUCACAUUCUUAAAAUAAAGUGGUGAUCCUAACUGACCUAAAACAGGGAAAUUUACUAGGGUUAAAUGGCAGGAAUUGUGAAAAAAAUAGUAACUGUAUUUGGCUAAGACAGACACAGACAGUUUGGACACACUCAUUCAAAGUUUAUUCUUUAUUUGUGCUAUUUUCUACAUUUUAUAAUAAUAGUGAAGACAUCAAAAUAAUGUAACAACACAUAUGGAAUCAUGUAGUAACCAAAAAAGUGUUAAACAAAUUCUAUUUGAGAUUCUUUAAAGUUGCCACCCUUCAUCUUGAUGAAAGCUUUGCACACACUUGGCAUUAUCUCAACCAGCUCUAUGAGGUAGACACCUGCAAUGCAUUUCAAUUAACAGGUGUGCCAUGUUAAUUUGUGGAAUUUCUUUCCUUAAUGCGUUUGAGCCAAUCAGUUUUGUGACAAGGUAGGGCUGGUAUACAGAAGAGAGGCUUGGUAACUCUAAUGAACUUAUCCUCUGCAGCAGAGGUAACUUGGUCUUCCUUUCCUGUGGCGGUCCUCAUGAGAGCCAGUUACAUCUUAGCGCUUGAUGGUUUUUGCGACUGAACUUGAAGAAAUUAAGUUAUUGCAAUUUUCUGGAUUGACUGACCUUGAUGUCUUAUAGUAAUGAUGGAUUGUCAUUUCUCUUUGCUUAUUUGAGCUGUUCUUGCCAUAAUAUGGACUUGGUCUUUUACCAAAUAGGGCUAUAUUCUGUGUAUAUGUAUAUAUAUAUAUAUAUAUAUAUAUGUAUAUGUAUAUGUAUAUGUGGGAUGUGUGUGUAUACAGUGCCUUGCGAAAGUAUUCGGCCCCCUUGAACUUUGCAACCUUUUGCCACAUUUCAGGCUUCAAACAUAAAGAUAUAAAACUGUAUUUUUUUGUGAAGAAUCAACAACAAGUGGGACACAAUCAUGAAGUGGAACGACAUUCAUUGGAUAUUUCAAACUUUUUUAACAAAUCCAAAACUGAAAAUUGGGCGUGCAAAAUUAUUCAGCCCCCUUAAGUUAAUACUUUGUAGCGCCACCUUUUGCUGCGAUUACAGCUGUAAGUCGCUUGGGGUAUGUCUCUAUCAGUUUUGCACAUCGAGAGACUGACAUUUUUUCCCAUUCCUCCUUGCAAAACAGCUCGAGCUCAGUGAGGUUGGAUGGAGAGCAUUUGUGAACAGCAGUUUUCAGUUCUUUCUACAGAUUCUCGAUUGGAUUCACGUCUGGACUUUGACUUGGCCAUUCUAACACCUGGAUAUGUUUAUUUUUGAACCAUUCCAUUGUAGAUUUUGCUUUAUGUUUUGGAUCAUUGUCUUGUUGGAAGACAAAUCUCCGUCCCAGUCUCAGGUCUUUUGCAGACUCCAUCAGGUUUUCUUCCAGAAUGGUCCUGUAUUUGGCUCCAUCCAUCUUCCCAUCAAUUUUAACCAUCUUCCCUGUCCCUGCUGAAGAAAAGCAGGCCCAAACCAUGAUACUGCCACCACCAUGUUUGACAGUGGGGAUGGUGUGUUCAGGGUGAUGAGCUGUGUUGCUUUUACGCCAAACAUAACGUUUUGCAUUGUUGCCAAAAAGUUCAAUUUUGGUUUCAUCUGACCAGAGCACCUUCUUCCACGUGUUUGGUGUGUCUCCCAGGUGGCUUGUGGCAAACUUUAAACAACAUGUUUUAUGGAUAUCUUUAAGAAAUGGCUUUCUUCUUGCCACUCUUCCAUAAAGGCCAUAUUUGUGCAAUAUACAACUGAUUGUUGUCCUAUGGACAGAGUCUCCCACCUCAGCUGUAGAUCUCUGCAGUUCAUCCAGAGUGAUCAUGGGCCUCUUGGCUGCAUCUCUGAUCAGUCUUCUCCUUGUAUGAGCUGAAAGUUUAGAGGGACGGCCAGGUCUUGGUAGAUUUGCAGUGGUCUGAUAAUCCUUCCCUUGCAAUAGUAUCGCUUGCACAGUGCUCCUUGGGAUGUUUAAAGCUUGGGAAAUCUUUUUGUAUCCAAAUCCGGCUUUAAACUUCUUCACAACAGUAUCUCGGACCUGCCUGGUGUGUUCCUUGUUCUUCAUGAUGCUCUCUGCGCUUUUAACGGACCUCUGAGAAUAUCACAGUGCAGGUGCAUUCAUACAGAGACUUGAUUACACACAGGUGGAUUGUAUUUAUCAUCAUUAGAUAUUUAGGUCAACAUUGGAUCAUUCAGAGAUCCUCACUGAACUUCUAGAGAGUUUGCUGCACUGAAAAUAAAGGGGCUGAGUAAUUUUGCACGCCCAAUUUUUCAGUUUUUGAUUUGUUAAAAAAGUUUGAAAUAUCCAAUAAAUGUUGUUCCACUUCA